CUGACGUCUUCGCCCCUCCCAAGUGAGCGGGGUGGGGGCGGUGAAGGGUGGAUGCAUGAGAAAGCUCACAACAAAGGGAAACAAGAUCGUCGAUUUAAACCUUUUGCUAAAAGUCUCACCACUCUUGCCAGUUAUCCCUGUGAGUCACGAUCCAGUGGCUGAUAAGCCAGGGAAACACUGUUACCUCCCUGGCCAGACUGUGUCGAUUGACUCAGCUAACCUGAGGCCAGUUCCCCUAACCUUAACGAGAUCCCUUAACAAAUAUCUUUGGAAGGCUAAAGACACCCCGAAAAAGGAAUAUGAAAUCAACACUUGCUGGAUUGUUCCCUCAUUUUUUAACCAUAUUAACAAAGCCCAAAAAGGGCAAGUCGGUGUCUUGUUUUAUUUCACAGAAGAUCCCCGUGGGACCUUGACAGAACACAAAAAGGCUAAUAGCUGAUUUUAACUAUUUGUGUUUUGUGACAGAAAUACUGAAGAUUUGAUCAUGCUAGAACACAGAAUGUACCUCUUGAUUACAUUUUUUGGUUGCAAUAGUGUUAUGUUUUUUGUUGUUAUGGGUGUGGGUGGUGAUUGGUAUCAGUCCUUGGAUCUGUUAAACUUCACAACUGGGUUCAGGGCUUUUUACAGGUCAUCCUGGCUUACUGGUACUCCCUGCACAGUGAUACUAUUUCUUUUGACCCCUUCUUUUACCCCUUUUUACCAAACUGAUUAUGAUUUGCAUGUAACUCCUCCACAGUGUUUCCAAAUUCCUAACAAACUGGGAAAUGAAUCAAGGGACCCAUCUAUAUUAGAUGUGGUCACAAAAGAAAUCUAUCAUAAAGCCUUUUGCACUGAUGCUUUUCAGUGUCGCACCAGUCCAGGAGUUCCAUCCAAAACAUGGUUGUUGGAAAGUGCCUAAGUUUUAAAAAGAGAUGUGUAUGUUUCUGGGAUUACCCCUCUUUGAUGGUUUGUACUGUGGGGUAUCCUGCACACACUGUCCUGUGAAAAGUUCUGUGGACUGUAACAAUACUUGAACUUGCCAAACUAAUAUUUGUAUCUCUUAGCAUUUGAAUUACUUUGGAAAUGCUCAAGUGUAAAGUUCUCAAGACACUAAAUGAUCUUAGAAAACAUUACAUGGCAAGUCCACAUAUUGUCAAAUUAGACUAGAUACACUUUUAGUGAAUUAACUGAAGUGUAGUAUUGUAUGGCUAUUCAUAAACACCACAACCUCUACUGAAGAAUUCCCAUCUGGAUCCUGGCUUACACUGGGAGUUCCUGGGUGGGGAAAGCAGCUGACACAAAUACCUAAGUUUGUUUUACCUAUUAAUUAUUAUUAUUAUUAUUGGUUAUUGCCAAAUGUAUGGAUGUCUCUUUUCACUUUCUACCUUUAAUUCAUCAUGUAACAUUCAUGUCACCACUCCUGAGGUAUCACCGAGUGGUGUCUGUGGCAAAUUGAAUGAUUCUAAUUGUUGUCUAAAGAUUGAUGAUAAUGGUGAAGUUGUUAAACAAAUUGCCCAGGGUAUAUGGAAAAUAGCCCAUGUUCCUGACCAAACCUGGAAGGGCCUAGACGUUGAUUUCUUUUCCUGGCUUCCAGGUGGCCCAUGGAUCAAACGUAUCCUAUUUUCUCUACUGUGUGUUGUUGCAACUCUUAUGUUUGUACCUUGUAUGAUUCCAUGUUUUAUUCAACUUAUACAAUGUGUCGUAUCCUCCAUGUACUUUGUAACUACUUCAACUGAUGAUGGACAAGUCCAACAGAUCAGGGCAACAUCUGUAACCAAGCCCAAGAAAUCUUUUGUAGUAAUUGUGUAACGAUUAUCUUCCCCUUCUCCCCCUCCUCCUUCCCCCCCUGCUUCUUUGCUGUCUUUUUCUUCUCUGCCUUUUCCUCACCACCAUGGAGGGUCACUUAUGCUUUAUUUCAAGCAAUCUUUGAGCCACGGGGUGGUGUGAGAAUCCUUCUCUGUUUUUUUUGGCUCAAAGCUUGCUUCCUGAGGUUUUUCUUGUGAUAAGACUCUGAGUGAUUUGUUGAGGAGGCAACUAAUGGGUGCUAACUGUGUGACAAUCGAUAUCGCUUUGGGAACAUUUGCAAGCCCCUUCCCCCAGAACUGCUUGCUCUGUAGAAGAGCGGAAGAUCUGGCCUGUGACUAAACCGCUCCAGCUAAGUAUGGAAGGCUGGGGGAUGAUACCAUUGUAUCCUGCGAAGGCAAGAUGCAAGUUGGUGCCUCCCUGCUUCCUCUUAUCUACUGGCAAGGCCAGGAAGAUAAGAACAAAGGAGUUUCCUGCUGAGGCCCCAGAGCCAGAAGCUGCCACUCAAAGGAGAGCUGACUCGACCACUUUGGAUUGGAGCUGUCACUCCAAAAACAGCUGACUUCACCACUUUGAAAGCAUUGAAAAGGGGCCAUCAUCGCCAUGGUCGUCGUCGUCGUCGUCCUUCUCACCGUCAACAGGACAACUCUGCCUGACGACCCACCGCUACUGAAGAUCAAAGACUGAACUACGAACCUCGCUGGAUCCAUGGUGGUGACUAUGUCCCUCUUGCUGCCUAUAAAGACUCCUUGCCUCUUCUUCUUUCCUAUCUUUUCUAUCGCCCUCCUUCCCUUCCCCCAUUACCCUAAUUCAUAAUAGUGUCCGUCCUCCCCUUCCCCAUUUCCCUGAUUAAGACUUGUAAUAAACUGGUCGGACCAACAUUUGAACCGGUGCUUCUUAAUCUCACGCCGGGUAUAUAGAUAAUAAAAGAACCUCCUCUCCCUCCUAUAAAUUGGAGCGAGACAUUUAUUUAAUGGCGUAGUCGUUGCAGGAUACCCACCGUGAGAGUGUUGUCCUUCCAGAUAUAUUUUGAAACUUUUUUUUCUGUGUGCACCUCCUGGAGUUGCAAGGAGCGAUAGUUUUGAAAAUUUAGACGUGAGUCCUUCUCCAGGAAGACCGCUCCAUAUUCUGAAACUUUACCUUUUAUGUGUGUACCUCUCGGGGACGUAUUUUGAAACUUGCAUUUUGUUUAAUACGUGUGUGCCUCCUCGGGAAGACCUCUAUGGUUAUUUGGUAACUGAAGUGCGAAACUUGAACCGUUUGUGUGUGUGUGUGUGUGUCUGCAUGCACACGCCUCUUGGGGAAGUGAGGACGUGAUACUUUGUUACUUAAACGUGUGUGCCUCUCCAAGAAAGUUUAUUUACUCUAUUGAAACCUAGAAAGUGUUGCUUUAGCUUCUCAUUUUUUGUGCUCCCCCAAAGAAAGGGAGGAGUGAUUGGAGCAUUUGCAUUUGUUUAGGUGUGGUGUAUCUCCCUGGGAGGAACGGUGAGGAGUAACUGAGCUUUUGAAUACGUGUACCUCCUCCUCCCUUAGUGUUGGUCUUUCAUUGUAUUGAAAAAACGAGCGACAGCAUUGCCACCAUGAAAAGUGAAGAUGUAUUAUUUGAUCUUUUAGAAAAACAUGGUGCUCGACCCUCUUUAUCAGGUAUGGACUGGGCACGACAGAACUGGUAUAACUUGCAGAGUGUUUCGGACCGUAUUAGUGUUCUGCAAAACAAUGCUCGUACCCGAGCUGGAAAAGGAAAGUCGUUUAUUUGUGCCGUACUCGGGGCUACUUUAAAAGCAGCCGUGGAGUUCCGAAAUGAAAAGCAUUCGGCAGAACUCCAAACCAUACAAGCACUGCAGGAAUCGGUUAAAGUAACACAAGAAUUGGUGAAAACUCUGCAGAAUCAAAUAGUGAACCUUGAGGAACAAUUAGAAAGAGAGAAACGUAAUUCGGCUUUGUUGCAAAUGGCUUUUAAGGAACUGCUAACGUGUAAGCAUGCCAGCCAUACCAUCACCCGUAGUUCGCCUCGAGAAAAAACUUUUCCUCAGGUGGAACUACCAGGAAUGAGGGAAAGGCUAGAUGAAAUAGAAACUCCAAUAGCCCCAUUGCGUCCUUUGAUGAAAACUGAAUAUACAUUUGAUAACAGUGAGGAUCUAGAUCCUCAAAUGAAUGUUAAGGAAAUUCCCUUCUCAGCCACUGAACUAGCAAAAUUGAAGAAAGAUUUUAGCCGCUCUCCAAAGGAAUCUGAAACAGAGUAUGUAUGGAGGGUUAGCCUCACUGGUGGAGACCAGAUUCUGCUAACAGAAAAGGAAGCAGAAGGUUAUUGGGGACCAGGAGUAUUUUUAACUACUGGCAACAGUCGUGCUCCCUGGUCCUUAACACAAAGGGCUGCCUAUUGGGCAGGUGGUCUCAACCCUUUAGAACGGGGAGACCCUCUUGCCAUUACUGGAACAACUGAUCAGUUAGUAGAGAGUGUUCAAAAGGCUGCUUGUCUCCAAAUGAUGUAUGAUAGAAAGCUGCAGCCACACCAUGAAUCACCUAUGAUGAUGCCUGUUGAUCCUGAGAGAAUGACUGCUUUAAUUAAGGGGCUUCCAGAGUCGUUAAAACCUAUAGGUAUACAACUGCAAGGAAAAAUACAGGCAAUGCCUCAGGGAGAGAGAACCCAGCCAGUGUUAAAAGGAACUAUAACCCCCAACCAUCUGCAGUCAGGAAACAAAGUGUGGACGUGGGGAGAAGUUGCCCAAGAGUUAAUUAACUAUGGAAGGAAAUAUGGGCCAGUGGUUUCUUCCUCCACUAAAUUUGAGCCAAGUGAAGUAAGACUUGCAGCAGUCAGCCUUGCCCCCAGGCCUCCUAGCCCAAAGCUCAGUGGGACUGGAAGGGUCUCACUGUCAGUAAAAAUAGGUAGGCGAAAUAUUGAUCAUAAACGUAAUUGUCUCUGGACACUGGGCUGGCAAAAGGGUGUUCCACGAGAUUUGAUGAAUGGAUUACCCACUGUCAGGUUGGAGAAAUUAGUUAACUGGUGGCCAGAACAAAAGCUCCAGAAUCUCGAGGAAAGCAAAACCCCAGGUCCUAGGGUCUCUCCCAGGGAACCUGAACGGCUAUCCAAGCCAUUAGAAAACUGACGUCUUCGCCCCUCCCAAGUGAGCGGGGUGGGGGCGGUGAAGGGUGGAUGCAUGAGAAAGCUCACAACAAAGGGAAACAAGAUCGUCGAUUUAAACCUUUUGCUAAAAGUCUCACCACUCUUGCCAGUUAUCCCUGUGAGUCACGAUCCAGUGGCUGAUAAGCCAGGGAAACACUGUUACCUCCCUGGCCAGACUGUGUCGAUUGACUCAGCUAACCUGAGGCCAGUUCCCCUAACCUUAACGAGAUCCCUUAACAAAUAUCUUUGGAAGGCUAAAGACACCCCGAAAAAGGAAUAUGAAAUCAACACUUGCUGGAUUGUUCCCUCAUUUUUUAACCAUAUUAACAAAGCCCAAAAAGGGCAAGUCGGUGUCUUGUUUUAUUUCACAGAAGAUCCCCGUGGGACCUUGACAGAACACAAAAAGGCUAAUAGCUGAUUUUAACUAUUUGUGUUUUGUGACAGAAAUACUGAAGAUUUGAUCAUGCUAGAACACAGAAUGUACCUCUUGAUUACAUUUUUUGGUUGCAAUAGUGUUAUGUUUUUUGUUGUUAUGGGUGUGGGUGGUGAUUGGUAUCAGUCCUUGGAUCUGUUAAACUUCACAACUGGGUUCAGGGCUUUUUACAGGUCAUCCUGGCUUACUGGUACUCCCUGCACAGUGAUACUAUUUCUUUUGACCCCUUCUUUUACCCCUUUUUACCAAACUGAUUAUGAUUUGCAUGUAACUCCUCCACAGUGUUUCCAAAUUCCUAACAAACUGGGAAAUGAAUCAAGGGACCCAUCUAUAUUAGAUGUGGUCACAAAAGAAAUCUAUCAUAAAGCCUUUUGCACUGAUGCUUUUCAGUGUCGCACCAGUCCAGGAGUUCCAUCCAAAACAUGGUUGUUGGAAAGUGCCUAAGUUUUAAAAAGAGAUGUGUAUGUUUCUGGGAUUACCCCUCUUUGAUGGUUUGUACUGUGGGGUAUCCUGCACACACUGUCCUGUGAAAAGUUCUGUGGACUGUAACAAUACUUGAACUUGCCAAACUAAUAUUUGUAUCUCUUAGCAUUUGAAUUACUUUGGAAAUGCUCAAGUGUAAAGUUCUCAAGACACUAAAUGAUCUUAGAAAACAUUACAUGGCAAGUCCACAUAUUGUCAAAUUAGACUAGAUACACUUUUAGUGAAUUAACUGAAGUGUAGUAUUGUAUGGCUAUUCAUAAACACCACAACCUCUACUGAAGAAUUCCCAUCUGGAUCCUGGCUUACACUGGGAGUUCCUGGGUGGGGAAAGCAGCUGACACAAAUACCUAAGUUUGUUUUACCUAUUAAUUAUUAUUAUUAUUAUUGGUUAUUGCCAAAUGUAUGGAUGUCUCUUUUCACUUUCUACCUUUAAUUCAUCAUGUAACAUUCAUGUCACCACUCCUGAGGUAUCACCGAGUGGUGUCUGUGGCAAAUUGAAUGAUUCUAAUUGUUGUCUAAAGAUUGAUGAUAAUGGUGAAGUUGUUAAACAAAUUGCCCAGGGUAUAUGGAAAAUAGCCCAUGUUCCUGACCAAACCUGGAAGGGCCUAGACGUUGAUUUCUUUUCCUGGCUUCCAGGUGGCCCAUGGAUCAAACGUAUCCUAUUUUCUCUACUGUGUGUUGUUGCAACUCUUAUGUUUGUACCUUGUAUGAUUCCAUGUUUUAUUCAACUUAUACAAUGUGUCGUAUCCUCCAUGUACUUUGUAACUACUUCAACUGAUGAUGGACAAGUCCAACAGAUCAGGGCAACAUCUGUAACCAAGCCCAAGAAAUCUUUUGUAGUAAUUGUGUAACGAUUAUCUUCCCCUUCUCCCCCUCCUCCUUCCCCCCCUGCUUCUUUGCUGUCUUUUUCUUCUCUGCCUUUUCCUCACCACCAUGGAGGGUCACUUAUGCUUUAUUUCAAGCAAUCUUUGAGCCACGGGGUGGUGUGAGAAUCCUUCUCUGUUUUUUUUGGCUCAAAGCUUGCUUCCUGAGGUUUUUCUUGUGAUAAGACUCUGAGUGAUUUGUUGAGGAGGCAACUAAUGGGUGCUAACUGUGUGACAAUCGAUAUCGCUUUGGGAACAUUUGCAAGCCCCUUCCCCCAGAACUGCUUGCUCUGUAGAAGAGCGGAAGAUCUGGCCUGUGACUAAACCGCUCCAGCUAAGUAUGGAAGGCUGGGGGAUGAUACCAUUGUAUCCUGCGAAGGCAAGAUGCAAGUUGGUGCCUCCCUGCUUCCUCUUAUCUACUGGCAAGGCCAGGAAGAUAAGAACAAAGGAGUUUCCUGCUGAGGCCCCAGAGCCAGAAGCUGCCACUCAAAGGAGAGCUGACUCGACCACUUUGGAUUGGAGCUGUCACUCCAAAAACAGCUGACUUCACCACUUUGAAAGCAUUGAAAAGGGGCCAUCAUCGCCAUGGUCGUCGUCGUCGUCGUCCUUCUCACCGUCAACAGGACAACUCUGCCUGACGACCCACCGCUACUGAAGAUCAAAGACUGAACUACGAACCUCGCUGGAUCCAUGGUGGUUGCUAAGGAUUGGAGUUGGCUAUGGAUUGGAGAUGGGAUGAGUGAGUGGCACACCAUGCCUUGCUUAUGUUACAAAUGGUACUUCACCAGCUGGUAUCUUCAUAAAAUGAUUUUUUGUGAUGGAGGAUUAAAAACAUUUCAGAAGGAUGUGACAAAUUGGGUUAGAAGUUUGUUUGGGUUUGUUGUUGCUUUUUUUGUUUGUUUGUUUGUUUGUUUGUUUUGCCUUUUAAAAUGUUUUUUGACUUGUGAAAAUCAAUAAAUAUCUAGAAGAAUUACCUUAUUCCUCUCAGCUCUCUGAAUACAAAAAUCCUCACUAGUUCUUUGUUGGACAUGUCUGAACUUUGGUAUUUAGCAUGGAAGAACAUUUUUAACAGUGAGGAAGCAUGCAAUUUACACAAAGGAAAGAAGAGCCGAGGGAAAAUAAUAAGUCCAUUGUUCUCCAAUACAACAAGAAAGGUCAGGGAAAAUACUUUUUCCUUCUGUUCCUUUUCAUUUAUUUUUUUUUCUGUUGACCCAUGAAAUGAAAAUAAUAAUAAUAAUACACAAAUGUACAUUUGCAUGAAUCAGUGAUAAAUUCGUAAUUUCUGUCUUCUAGGUAGUUGUGAUUGGUUCAAAUGGGAUGUUCUAACAAUCUGUCAAGAACAGAAGACAGCAGCAGGAGCUCUGAAAGGAGUAGAGUGCUGAGUUGUUGCACAACCCUAUGCUCAAUCACAAAGUGCAGCAAAAGCAUUCAAGAAUUUUCUGUCUGCGCUCUGGGAGUCUGUAGAAUACCAUUAUGUUCCAACAAACAUUGCCUAGCAUUUUGCUGCCAGCCUUGUCAUGAUCUCAUCUAAGAUACAAACCACAAGAACUAUGAUCAACUUGUGAUAUACUCCUCUGAGACAUUUUUUCCCAAAAUAGUAAAGAUUAUUCCACAGUGUAAUUUUUUUCUAGCAGUCUUUGUUCUCUGUUACCACACUGUAUAAUUGUAUGAUUGUAUACUUGUAAAAGUGAAGCAAGUUUCCCAUGAUAAAAAUAUCACUGCACAAUACAGUAGCUGCUAAUAAAUACUAUACAAAUAGAAUAACAGUUUUUAAGGACACUAGGAACUUUUAAUCCAACAUCCUGUAUGAAAUAUAUAACAGAGUCCCCAGUUCAUCACACCAGCCAUUUUAAUUUCUGCACUGCAGACCCAAAGUCAUUCAACUACUGAAUAAAUAAAUUUUUGUUGUUGUUUCCAUUUUGAGAAAAAGCAAGGAGUAUAGAAAAUUCUUUGAUAUCAGCUGUUUUUCUUAUUCUGUAAACAGCACAUGGGUAUGCAGUGUCCAGUGUAUGUACAGCGAUAUGGAAGUGUUUUCUUGGAACAAACAGGAAAGUAAAGCAAAAGAUGUCCAAAGGAACAUAAGCAGAAGACUGGUAGCUGAUGGGUAAAAUAAGUCUCCCCGCCGUACUAGCCUACUUUAUCAUUCCAAAUGCUCAAAACCUGACGUUUUCCAAGAUGAAAUUAAUAUUCACUUUGAAGAUGCUUCUAAUGAGAUAUGGAUGCUAAGUUAGUCUCUAACAGCUUUCCAGUUGUACGUAAUGAUUCAUUUGGAGAGUAACAGAUUCAGCUUUAGAAUGUCCCAUCUUACUGCCCAGUAUUUCUAUGCUCUUGCCAGCAAAACUCAAUGUCUGCAAUGGUCGACCAAGACAUGUGGCACUAGUACUGUGCCACAUGGCACAGUAUUGAUAUUAACCUGGCGUCUAGCCCCCUUAUUUCAAUAUUCUUCAUUUCAUGUUGUUAUUAAGGUAGACUAUUAUUGCACUAUUAUACAGCACUGAAGAACAGUUCAUUUCAGCCUUUACUAUGCAUAGCUAAAUAUUCUACUUCAUGAAUUUUCAAGUGUCAGGGGAAAAAAACAGAGUGAGGAUUUGGUUCCAUUUGUAUCCCAUAUGUACAAAUGUGUUCAGUUUAUAGCCAUGAAGAGAAACUUUCCAGCUUCCAGAACUGCAUACAUAGCCUGGAAUGUGAAAAUUGGUUGUUUUCUUUCCCUUACAUUAUAUUUAUUAUCUUUGAUAAUAAAGGUUGUACAGUUGCAUAGCUGGCAUUUUUACUAGUGACUCAUGAGGAAGAAUAGAGUCCAAUUUUCUUGUCCUUAACUAUCUUGGCUCUGUUGCUGUAGUAAAUAGAAAGCACUUAUUGUCAGACAAGUAUGUGGAUAUGACUCAGGGAUAGAGAGGGCCGGAGAUCACUUCAAUUAAAGAAAAAACUGUUCUAUGAACAGAAAAGCAAAUGAGGCCUAGUUUGCUAUAGGCUUCUUACAGACCUCCUAGCACUUUUCCUCUUUCCCUUUCCCCUAAAUCCUCUAAAUCUGUUUGGCUGGCUUCACAUCAACUCUAUUUCAAACAUAUUAACAGGUUUCUUCACCUAGCAGAAAUAAAGAGAACACUGUAUCACAAAGGCAAACAAGAAGGUAGAAAAUACCAUUAUAUAACCUUCAAGCUUGAAUGUUUCAUAUUCAGAAUAACAGAUUCAGCUUUAGAACAUCUCAUUUUACUUCACAAUCUUGUUAUGCCUGAAAAACUCAGUGCCUGAAGUGUUCAAACAAGCCAUGUGGUACUAGUACUAGUUAGACUAUACUGCAAAUUCUAGCAUUCUGGAUGUGUCUUGAGAAUGUGUUCUAUUCAGUGCCCUAAUUCUUUUGCAUCAGGUUGUGUUAGGGCAUGGAGUGAGGGAAACAGUUCCUUCUAUCUCGUCAUAUUCUGCAUACUGUUAAGAGUCAUGAGCCUCUCCUUACUACAACGCUCUUUUUUGUGAUUUUGUGGUACCCUAAAAGAUAGGUUUUAAUACAGUUACAGUUCUUAGCAUUUAAGAAAAAAUCGGUUUGGGAGUUCCUUCAGUAGAACAUAAGAACAGAUGAUCAAGUGAUUUUGUCCAGUUGUAAAAUCUUCUGGCUGAAAAAUUGCCUAUUACCAUGUGAAUAGCUUUCUCUUCACAACUAUUCCUUUGUUAAACAGGCAUCUUUCAGUUGUUCUCAAACAUGCAUUGUAAGUUAUGAAGUUUGUAUUUGUCAAUUCAGUUUUCUUUUUCUGCUUUUAUACAAUGCCAUCAGUGUUUGCUAUCUUCUGUUUGUGUGCAACAGUAUUAGCAAAGGGUAUGAGCGCAUGUGUAGAUAUUGGGAACUGAUGAAAUCUGAGUCUCACAGUUUGGUCAAGGUGUGGAAAAAAAAUAAAAUAAAAGA